UGGCGGACUUCUCUGUAGAUCUACCCUCAAGCAAGUGGAAAGUGAAGACGCAGAUAAAGCAGGCUAUCCGCUUGACGAAAGAGAAGGUGUACGAGGCUUUCGAGAAAAGCACGGGGGCAUCAGUCUCCGUGACUCGCACACCAAUUGCAUUGAACAAAGAUAGGGGUGGGACUGACAGACUGCAAGAACUUUCUGGUGCAUUUGAUGAAACUGUGCCAACAUCCAAGGAGGACGUUGUGGAUGUCCUCACAAGGACCUUCACCGACCCUGUAGCGCGGCGUCAGCGCAAGUGGAUGCAUGUUGAACGGUUUCCAGACAUUGAGGAUUAUAAAGGACUCGCUGGACAGCGCUACGUGGGUUUCAGCUACAGUGUCAGGGAGUGCAAGGGCACGAUGCUUGAGUUUAAGGACGGUGGUAGUUUCAAAUACGACUGCGAUGGCACGGUCUUGCCGCCUCGCCGGCAUUUUGUCACGGCGACCGUGAUGCCGACAGUAUAUACGUCAAUGCGGAAGCAGGAAGGAGAAGCAGACCGCAGCACGCUCGUCGAUUCGCUUUGGCUCUUGGAUGCGUCAGCACCCAUGGAGAAUGUUUGA